AUGGAGGAGAUUAAGGAGGCUAAGAAGGACUACGAGAAGGCUCUGGAAGAGGGAGUAUGUUGGAGCGGAAUUAUCUCAUGUUCCUCAAGCCAGCGAAUCUCAAUCCAACUCGCUCCAAAUUCCGCACGCUGCUUUACAACGACCUCAAAGACAUCGUGGGUCCGAUGGGCAUUACCGUUGCUUUCCUCUUCCCAUUGUAAUCCACAGCAAUCGAAGCUUCUCGAGCACAUCGUGGGGUUAGAGGACGCGCUGAGCGCCGCUUUCAAUUCUUCGCCGAACGACAUCACUCCCAAUUACCGACAGCAUUUCCGCGACAUUCGCUUCAACCUGGAGAAAAACCGGCAAUUGCUCGGCGAUUGGCUGUUUGGCGAGCUGGAAAGCAAAAAACUCGCGUCGAUGACAGCGGAGGAGAUGAUGAGCGAUGAUGUUCGGAAGGAGAGAGAAACGAUCAAGGAAGAAAUGUUCGAAGCGUAUCAGACCGAUUGGUACAAGACGCACAUGAUGAACAAACUCUCUGGAGGCUUCAAGUGCCGACGAUGCGGAUCCGAUAAAACGCAGUACAUGCAGAAGCAGACGAGAUCGGCGGAUGAGCCCAUGACGGUGUUUUUCGAGUGUAUGAACUGCGGAAAGCGUUGGAGAGAGUGAGGAAGGCAUUGUGGAGAGAGAGAGAGAGAGAUACAAAGGAAUUGGGGAAAGCGAGGAAAUCGCCA